AUGGAUCGUAGGGGCCAAGGGACCGCCUCACCACCAGUGCACCUCAUUCAGCAACCAAUUCCGCAGCAGCCGGAGGUGACAAUUCUCCAGCAAUUGCCCUGGGCUACAUCUGUUCCUCCGACAUCCAGCAAGGCAGGGCACAUCAGGGAAGAUUUAAUGGAUCUCAUGAUGAUACAGAAUGCCCAGAUGCACCAAGUCAUAAUGAACAACUUGGCCAUGUCAGCAGUGGCGCACUUUGAAAACAGCCCGACCCAGUCUCUGGCACAGGUGUCCCACGUCCCUUGGCAGAUAGAAGACGAGGAAGAGGAUGACCCAGCCCCCCUUGUGUUCCACCAUCAUUAUGCCCCCUACCCAAGCAUUCUUCCAUUCAUGGGAUGGCAGUCUCCAUCUCGGGUUCAGCAACAGCCUGCCAUUCGCCAUGUAGGCCCAGACCUUCAGCUGAUGGGGAGGCAAGACAGGGAACCAGUCCCUCCACCCCCACCACCAAGCGCCACUGGAACUGUGAUGGCCGAUGUCCCACCAGCUUCAGAAUACUAUGACUACACUGAGGCACGGAGGUGAGGUGAAAGUCUGGCCUGCUUAAGCAUUUACAGAACAAGACACAGGCCUCAAACUCUGCCUGGCUGCCCCUUCAGCAUCCGAGACUGAGCAAACAGCACUGCUGUGACAUGGAUAGCUUGGUGGCAUAUUCCUCCCCUUGUUCGAUCGAGGCCUCUAAGUGUGUGCAUUUGGAAUAAACUUCAUCAAUUUGUCUGAGUUGCAGUUAAUCCUAAGAACAUAAGAAUAGCCUGCUGGGUCAUGCCAAAGGCCCAGUUAGUCCUGGACUGUUCUCACAGCAGCCAUCCAGAAGCUCUGUGGGAAACCCACAAGCAACAGCCCUCUGUAGAUCAGUGCCAGUUAUCUGAAUAACUUAUAUAACCAUCCUUCCUCAAAACGUAAGGCAGGGGUAGCCAACCUGGUGCCCUCAAAUGUUGUUGGACUACAGCUCCCAUCAUCCCUGAUCAUUGGCCAUGCUGGCUGGGGCUGAUGGAAGAUGGAGUCCAUCACCAAUGGGAGGGUGCCAUGUUCCUACCAAUGCCUUACGUGGAGAUGGGAAAAUCUGCCCAGUUCCCCUCACAGAGCUACAAUUCCCAUGGUUCCCUGGGAAGAGGGACUGACAGCUAAACCACUCUGAGAAUUAUAGC